GUUGACGACGAGGGGACAGGGAAAAACCUCGCCUACCAGAAAAGCAUCGAGUACAACGAUCCUGCCUUCGGGCUGACGACCGUGGAAUUUGUGAUGUUCUUGCUGCUCAUUACGCUCCUUUGGGGGCUUGCAGCUGUUGAGGAGUACCGCAUCAUCAUCGUUUGGUGGAAUGUUCUCGUUUCCUUGCCUACGGUGGCAGAGAAGGAGCCGUGCCUCGCGAACAAAAUCGCAGACGAGGAAGAAAGCAGCCUUGAAGUUCGUGGACUUCACCGUCGAAGUCGCUGGCUCAUCGUCGCCUGCAACCUCCUUCCCAGAAGUAUACUUCAGAACUUGAUCUUUGUGGUGGGUAUCCAAUACCUUCUCUCCGUCAACAAUAUUUCCGACCUGAUUCUGAAUAGCCUGGCCCUGACUUUCCUGGUCACCGUAGACGAGAUGAUCUUCGGAGCUUUUGCAACGCAGCAGGAUGCAACAAUCAUGCGGCAGACGCUGCCCAUGCGAGGGCGAUCGAUCCGAUGGGUGGACAAG